AAUAAACAGUGAAAGAUCCACCUUCUUUUGUACUUCUUUAUCAUACAUGCACCAGUACAAGGCGCUCCUGGCUUGCAAAGCAAAGAUAUUUGAGAUCGUUGCUGGUAACAACUCGUCCUGCAUGGUUGGGUACCAGCCGGCCUUCGAAGCUUCAUGGGCUUGCCAUCUUUAGUUUAAUAAAAAAGAUAAAGAUUGUGAGUCAACUCAAAGUCAGAGAACUGCACUUGAGUCUACUCUCUACUUCUUUCAACUCACGAUCACUGCUGAGUGUGAUAGCUAGAAGCACGAAAAACGACUUUACAUAAUGGCGUCCACUGAUGGAGGUGCGUUUCGAGUGAACUUCAUAGUGAGGAGUAAGGAUGAUGGUACAACACUGUACAUGAAAAAUGACGGCGAGCGUUUCAAAGCAGAUAACCGAACGGUCAAGGUGCUGUCCCAGCACAAGUAUGAGGUUGACGUGUCCAUUCGCCCACCAUCCCCGCCAGAGCGGGUAACUUUCGGAGAUCUGAAUUUAGUCAAGGAGAAAGAAAGUGCGGAUGGAGCAUCUGCAACCUUCUCGUAUCUCUGGGACACGAUGAGCUUCCCGCCAACAGGAAGUGGAAACCGCUCUAACUUGCCUAUUGUUGUCUAUUUAGAAGAUGGAAGAGUGAUCCGUACAAUCAUUCAGUGCAAGUUCUACAAGCCGAGCGACAUGAGCCACUAUCGCUGGGGCAAUGAAUUGAAAGGAUUAGAACUGGAGUGCUCUGCCAAAGACGGCAGUGUUAGCGUUCUCAAGACCACGUAUAGAUGAUCUCUGACUGCUGGUGAGCCAGCAGUUGACUGCUUGUAGUCUAACUUAUAUGUACAGUUUCAAUUCAUCCCAGAACUGCAUGUAACAUACUGGAAUCUCCAUGAAACACAUUCCAUCUACUAUGCUUGUUUCAUUAUUGUGCUUCUUUUAGCUUUCCCCUUGCGAGAUUUUCUUUUCAAUAAAGCUAGUUUUACCCUUACUCCUUACCCAAUCCAACCCAUGCUUCUACUUACUUCGUACUUUUAAAACACACGAAUUCAGCUAGUGACACACAGCCACGUUCAGAGUGGAGGAAACCAUGUUAUUGCUCUUAGUUUCGUGCAAUUGUAGUGCUGUUGCGUUUAAAAUUCUUUUAUUUGAAGUAGAACAUUUUUAAGCCGAAAUAUAGGUAGCUGUCCGGAGAUCCGAGCACUAGAAUAUUAGUGAACUAUGAUACUGCCGGGGACGUGUGUGCCGAAGUCGCACCAACCUCUUCUUCAUAAUUAUGACGAUUGUUACUGUCUAUGACCUAUUUCAAUGUGAUGUGAUGUUCAUACUUGAA